UUGCCUAUUCUAGACUUUCCUUACUAAUAACUUUGAUUUAGAUAAAUUAAAUGAUCGAGGAGGAGCGAUAAUCUGAAAGUGUCCUGUCUGGUGGGUAUGAUGGAGGUGGAGGAAGAAGGAGGACGAGGAGGAAGAUGUUGGCAAAGAGGGAGAGGUGGUGGAGCUGGAGGUUCUCCUGUCAGCAGCCGCAGAGAUCGCAGUCGCUCGCCACUCCAAAGAUGGAGAAACGUGGACGAGCCUGAUGAUGGAGUCCCUCCCCCUCUCAGAUUCAACCCCAGACGCACCCCAGGUGUCCAGCCACCCCUCGAUAUGGGUGACCCAUCCCCAGGUGACAUUUUUUCCCAUUUUUAUGACGUGCCGGUGUUGCGACUGUUGUGUGAAUGCACAAACAAAAAUGCUGAAAAAAACCAGCAAGCUGGCAAGAAGUUCACCUGGACUACAAUAAGUCCAGGUGAAAUGAAGCAAUUCAUUGGCCUGUUGAUCUACAUGUCGGUGUUGGAGCUUCCGAAAAUCAGUGACUACUGGCGCCAGGACACCAUUUUUCAUGUCCCCUUCCCCGCCGCGGUGAUGACUCGGGACCGCUUCAUGGCCAUUUGGUCGAAUAUCCACAUGAGCGACCCAGAGAAGACCGCUGAAGAGGAGAGGAAGAAGGGGACGGAGGAAUACGACCACCUCCACAGGGUCCGACCUCUCAUGGAGCUCAUCAGACGGAGCUGCAAGGCCAUCUACCACCCAGGGCAGCAUAUCUCUGUGAAUGAGAGGAUGGUGGCGACCAAGCCCAGGAUUAAUAUGAAGCCAAAUAUGAAGGCCAAGCCCACAAAGUGGGGCUUGAAGUUUUUUGUUUUGGCAGACGCCAACGGUUACACGGUGGAUUUCAUGCUUUACACGGGGGAAAACAAGAUGGUGCCAGGAGGAGAGGGGCUUGCUUUUGAUGUCGUGACCCGUCUGGUGGACAAAGGCUAUUUGGGGUCUGGGCACAUCGUCUACACCGACAACUUUUACACAAGUCCUCUGCUCUUCCGUCACCUGAGCCAGCAGGGAUUUGGGGCUUGUGGAACAUACAGGCAAGGAAGAAUAGGUGUCCCAACUACUCCAGGAAAUGCACUCACCAAUCAAUCCUCAAGAGGCAGCAUCCGGUGGAUCAGAGACGGGGAUCUUCUAUUUGUAAAGUGGAUGGACACCAGAGAGGUGUCCCUGUGCUCCACCGUCCACCCAGUCUACAAUGGAGAGACAGUGCACCGCUGGCAGAAGACGGGUGAUGGGCAAAAGCGGAUCACUGUUCCCCGGCCCACCACCGUUGGCGAGUACAGCAGGUACAUGGGGGGAGUGGAAACAUCUGACCAGGUGAUUGGGACAAACUCCAUGCACCGCAAGACAAGAGGAUGGCCCAUGACCAUUUUUCAGCACCUGCUCGACAUUGCCGUCACAAACUCCUACAUUUUGCACGAGACUCAGUCCACCAACAUGCAGGCGAGGCCGCUGACAAGGCAGCAGUUCCAGGAGGAGCUAGCGGCGCACCUCCUUGGGGUCACCUUGAAAACGGGCCAGCCCAAUCCCCCUCCCCCACCUACCCGCCACCACCUGCCUGUCCCCUGCAGCAGUGGACAGACCAAAGGCCAGAGAGCCAGCAUGGGGAGGCGCCGCUGCAAGCUGUGUUCCAGAAACACACCCUGGAAGUGUGACGUGUGUGAUGUGGGCCUGUGUCUCGUUCCUGACAGGAACUGUUACUGGCAAUACCAUCAGAACCUGUAAUUUGUUGCUGUUAAGUUGUCUCUGUCUCUGUCUCUCUCUCUGUCUCUGUCUCUCUCUCUCUCUCUCUCUCUCUCUCUCUCUCUCUCUCUCUCUCUCUCUCUGUGGCAAAAAACCCUGCCUAAGCAUAUUGUUCUACACUUGUUACUUGUAUGUUUUUAAAUCCAUAAACUGAUG